GGCUGCAGACUUCUCCCUCAUUGUUGAGACAAACGUGCCAGAUCAAGCAGCAAAUUCAACUCGCUCCAAAGAAGGAAUCCUAAACACAAUGGCCUCUCAAUCCAACAGCGAUCUCUGGGGCAACCUUGAAACUGAAAGCCAAGGCCUGAGAGAUUCACAACUGAGACUUGUCUUACUGGGCAAGACCGGAGUAGGGAAAAGUGCAACAGGGAACAGCAUCCUGGGAAAGACUGAGUUUUGUUCCAGCCUUUCAGCUAAGUCCGUCACCAAGACCUGUGUGAAAGGAAGCCUCACGUGGAAUGAGAGAGAACUAGUUGUCGUGGACACUCCAGGCAUCUUUGACACCGAGGUACCCGACAAGUACACCAGCGAGGAGAUUGCCCGUUGCCUCCUCUUGACCUCCCCGGGCCCUCACGCUCUGCUUCUGGUGGUCCCACUGGGACGUUACACCGAGGAAGAGCACAAGGCCACAGAGAAGAUUCUGGAAAUGUUUGGAGAGAGAGCUAGAAAGUACAUGGUUCUCCUAUUCAGUCGGAAGGAUGACUUGGAUGGCCAAGAGUUCCAGGAGUACUUGGGGGAAGCUCCUGAGUUCCUUCAAGACCUGGUGAGCCAGUUUGGUAAUCGUUACUGUCUGUUCAAUAACAGGGCAAAGGGAGAUGAGCAAGAAGCCCAGAGGGCACAGCUGGUGGCCCUGGUCAAUCGGGUGGUGAUGGAGAAUGGGGGAACAUGCUACACUAAUGAGAUGUACCGAAGGGCUGAGCAGGAGAUUCAGAAACAAGUCCGGCUGAAGCAGCAAUAUUACAGAGCAGAAUUUGAGCGAGAGAAAGCUGAGAUAAUAAAGAACUAUGAAGAAAGAAUCAGAAAACUGGAGGAUAAACUAGAGAAGCAGGAGGAACAGGCUGAAAUGGAGAGGAAAUUAGAAGAAAGGAAGCUUUUUUAUGAUUCGAAGCAGAAAAAUGUGAGACAUGAAUUUGAGUUUCAGGAUAAGAUGAUGAAAAUUCUUGAACAAAUCAUAGGGGCAAUGAGAACUGCCUCCUUAUUUUUCAAAGCUUUGUUUAAGGAGAAGUAAAUGUAUGCAAAUCUAUCUUUGUUUCCUGUGUAUCUCCUGGCUACUCGGAUCCACAGAACUCAUUCACCAAAGACAGAUCAUUUCUCCUUUCCCUUAGAGUCUCACAUAUAGGACGAGGGUCCAGUAGACAGGGCAAUUAGCAAGUGUUUGGUACAUCCAGAUGUAUCUGUAGGUGGAAUUGAGUCUGUCUCAACAAUAAUCACUUUUCUUGGGAAGCUCUUGCCCUGCAAACUGCGUUAUCCCACACAAGGAUUACUGUUUCCCAGG